AUACAUAAAAAUUCAAUAUAAAUCAUUAUCAUCUUUAUUCUGGCAAAUGUUUACCUAUUGAGGAACGAAUGUCAAAUGAAUCUAUAAUGGAUCUAUUCGAAUCGUGUAUGGUGAAAAUAUUUCUUACUGAUCGAAAAUAAAAGCGUGUCGUGUAUGGCUACUUUAAGGGAUGUACUAGCUCGAAAUAAAAAAUGUAGCCUUUUUUGGUGCAGCUUUAAAAUCAUAGUCUACAUAUUUUUUAUUAUUUGAGGUUAUUAUAGAGUUUCGUAAAGAAUGUUAGUAAACCAAAUUUUUAAUUAUACUAUGUUUACGUCAGGAAUUGACUGCGCUCUGCACCAUAUAUUUGACUUGUUUGUAAAUAUUAACAUAUGAUUAGUAAAAUUUUGUGGCCAUAUUAUAUUUUAGAAUUACUGUAAUUUUGAAUAAAUAAGAUGUAUGAAAAAUAAUCGGAUGUAUAUAUGCCUUUAUGAAACUAUCAAAAUUGUGUCAUCGUCCAUCAAAUAGAUGUGUGCCACUUUGUCCGUAGCGAUUAAACAAUUAUCAAUCUUUAAUUGAACAAACUCAUUUUUGCAUCAACUGAACGGUCACAAUAUGAUUGAUUUGCUGUUGUAUUAAGAGUUAUAUUAAAGACGUUUUUAUUUAAUUUGUAUUUCACAAAAGAAUAAAAUGGAAAAAAGCGAAUAUGAAAUACAACAUUUCAAUUUCUCUGUGGAACAGUUUUCGUUAGAAAGGCGCCAUUAUUUGAAUAAGAUAUUAUCGCUAACACUUCAAUCAAUGGUGAACAAGUUAUCCAUGGGUAAUGAAGAUACAACAGUAUUUUUACUAGAGCAGAAAGAAAAAGUGAAAAGCAAAAUGCUUAGUGACAUGGAACAACAACUCACAGCUAUUGAGGAAAUGGACUUAAAGAAUUUUUCGAUACCGGAUUAUGUUCUGUUGGCAACAGAUUACGAUCAUUCCAAGCAAUAUACUGAAGAAGACGAAGCGAAUGUAGACAAAAAGUUAGCAGACAUGAAACAAAAGUUUCUGGAGAACUCUGUAAUGAUAGCGUCGUUGAAAAUAGAAAAUGCAAAAUAUGAAGAAAUAUGCACAGAGAUGAACAAUGAAGAGAAAUUGUUAGCACAAAUUCAAACGGCAUUGCAAGUAAUGGAGACCCAAUGGGAGAAGGUAAAGCAUUUGGCUAAAACAACUGAAAGUUUAGAAGAUUAGAAGAGGUAUUUGUAAUUAGUGAUAUUUGUUGGUGAUUAAAUUCGCAAAUAAGAAAGAAAUUCAUGAUAAAUAAAAUAAAUAUUUUUUGAAUUCAAAAUCUGAAAA